GUUUUUUGUUUAAGUGUCCAUGAUAUUGAAUAAUAUCUCAAGAGAUGAGGAACAAUAAUCAUUUGUUAGUCUCAACUAUAGAGAUUAAAUUGCAGAAACAUAAACAAAUUUGAAAUAACAAAUUACAUAUUUGCCAUCUAUGUAUGCAUCAAUGUCAAUCAUCGUUCUUUUUGCAGCUAUUUUAAGUCAAUUUCAAUAUCCAAGAGCAUAAACCUUUCCUUUGUUUUUAGAGUUACCAUUUUAAAAGAAUUAAUUAUUUACAGUAUAAUACUUUAUAACUCUCAUUUUUAGAUUGGUAAUGCAUUGAUAAGUUUGAUUGGCAUCCUUAUUUAUUAUUUAGUUUAUUAAGCAAAUCAAUAACUUCCAAAAAAAAAAAGAUUUACUUUAAAAUAUACUUAUUCAAAGCCUUUUUCAUUUUAGAUCUUUCUUAGUGGAGUUUCAGCUCAUCUAGCAUUUUUAGCUUUUGCAUUACUUCCAAUAGAAUAAAAAAAUCAAACCAAUUUUCUCUGUAUCUUAUAUUACAAUAAAUAUUUCUAUUAUUAUUCUAGAUACUGAAGAUAGAAUUCUAUUAACUUUCUCCUUUGUUAUGAAUUUCCUCUUUACUAGUUAUUAUAUGUGUUAUAAGUAGAAUUAAUAAUCUUUGAAAUUUUCGGAUAAAUUAAAACAGUACUCAUUAAGUUAGUAAAUAAAGGCUGCUUUAUUUACUGUGAUUUGCUUUUUAUUUACUGCUUGUAAAUCUAGAAUUAUAUACUUAGUUGUAUCUGUUAAUUUUAUUAGUUUAUUUAUGGGUAUGCCUAUGGCUCAAGGAGAACCUAAUUUAAAUGAUGGUCUUAGUGCAUCUGAAGAUUUUAUAGCUAAUAUGGUUAGUGAAAUUUAUUCAACCUUGUCUUAUAGUCUUUAUUUAAUGAAUUCAUUUUUUAUUGGAAUGUUUUAUAUUGAUCUUAAGAAGGUAAAUUGUAUAAUAGUAAAUUAAUUUAGAUUAAUUUGGUAAUGACAACUGAUUAAGAAAUAGUAUUAGGAAGAAAUGAAAAAUCGAUAUGA